AUCGAGGAGAAGUUCUUCACGGCGAUGAAGAAGGACGGCUCCUACCGAACCCGGGACCAACUCACUUCCAAAUGGAGCCACAUCAACAAAAAAGUCCGAAAGUUUAUCGGAGUUUACGAGGAAUGCUCCCGGUCCCGGAGGAGCGGCACGAACGACGCCGAUGUUCUCUGGUUUGCCACGACCCGGUAUCAAGACGACGGGAACCAAGGCAAGGUGCCCAUCGAUCUUUGGAGGAUUUUGAGUCGUUCCCGAAGUGGCAACAACUCUACAAUCCCGACGGCGGAUCGUUCCGAAAAAGAUCCACCGUAGACGCCGAGGUUGAGGUCGACGAGACCAUUGAUUCUACCGAUCAAAUCCCUCCCUUCAACGUUGCGGAUUCCAAUGACGAGGACCCCAUUCCACGGCCAAUCGGAAGAAAGAAGGCAAAAUCCAUUGCCUCUGGUUCGGGAGGGUCCGCCUCUGUUUCCGCUUCUCCCCGCGACGAAAUCGGCCGGGCAAUGGUUGAACAACUUCGGGCAUUCAAUCUCCAGGAACAAGAGAGGUUGAAGCUAAAGGAGAAGGAGUUGAAGCUAAAGGAGCAGGAGGCCGAGAUGAAAGUCAUGCAAACCAACCCCGGGACGUUGUCGGAGUUUGGACUAAUGAUUUACGAGCAAAGAAUGAGAGAGAUCAAGGAGAAAUAUAAUUUACCUUAGUUUUUUUAUUAAUGUAUCUUUUUAAAAAAAUAUUAUCAUUUUUUUUAUUUAAUUAAUGUAUAUUUUAUUAUUCGUGUUUCAAUUUGAUUAAAUAAUAAAUUAAUUACAUUUUA